CUAAGAAAAAAAAAAGAUACCUACUUGUUUGUUUGCUAAUUAUUUAUUUUCAAAAACAUUUAUGUAGUUUAUUAGAAUGUAAAUCAUGGAUUUUAAUGAAAAUAACUCUGAAAGUGUCAAAAAUGAUUCAAUUAAACCCAUAAACGUCGAUACGGUCCAUAAAAUAUGUUCUGGACAGGUCGUAUUAAGUUUAGCAGUGGCUGUGAAAGAGCUUGUGGAAAACUCUUUAGAUGCGGGUUCAACAAACGUUGAUGUUAGAUUGAAAAACUACGGAAUUGAACUCAUAGAAGUGUCUGAUAAUGGAGCUGGGGUGACAGAAGACAAUUUUGCAGCUUUAACAUUGAAACACCACACAUCGAAGCUAAGUGAGUACUCAGACUUACUUGGGGUGUCUAGUUUUGGGUUCAGAGGUGAAGCCUUGAGUUCUCUUUGUGCCUUAGCUAAUCUCAUGAUUACUACUAGGCAUCAAAGUUCAAGCUAUGCAACUAAAAUAGAAUAUGAUCACAAAGGGCAUAUAGUGAAGAAGACACCAUGUUCUAGGCAAGUAGGGACAACUGUGAGCUUGUCUAACCUCUUCCAUUCCUUGCCUGUUAGACAGAAAGAGUUCCACAAAAAUGCCAAAAGAGAAUUCAAUAAAAUGACCCAUCUCUUGUAUGCUUAUUGUUUGAUAUCCCUGGGAGUCAAGAUAACAUGCACAAAUCAGACAAGCUCUAAUGCAAAGUCGAUAGUUGUGGCUACUCAAGGGUCUACAUCAUAUAAAGACAACAUUGCUUGUGUCUUUGGAUCAAAACAAUUGCAGACAAUACUAGAAAUAAAGCCUGAAUAUGUUACCAAUAUCAAGGAGAAUAUAUUUAAAGGAUUGUCACAAGAAACAGAAGAUAUAGAGGAAAGUGUUAAUAUUGAAGAAGUGGAAAUAGAUCUGUCUGAAGAUUCAAAUGAUGCAGAACCUAAAGGUGACAGCAUAGCCAGUUCACAGAAAUCACAAGGCUACAAAAAUAUGCCCAAACCCAUUGAAUUUACAGGAUUUAUUUCCUCAUGUGCACAUGGUAGUGGGAGGUCUAGUGCAGAUAGGCAAUUUUACUAUGUCAACUCUAGACCAUGUGAACCAACAAAAAUGAUAAAAUUAAUCAAUGAAGUGUACAGGCAGUACAACACCAAUCAAUACCCCUUUGUGUUUCUAAAUGUAAACAUGGAGAGAACUACAGUGGACGUCAACGUAACACCAGAUAAAAGGAAAAUAUUUCUUACUAAAGAAAAAAUUGUAUUGGAUGUCCUUAAAAAUUCUUUGCUUAAACUUUUUGAGGAUAUACCAAGGACUUUAAAAGUAGAGACAAGUCUAUACAGCAAAGCUACAGAUGAUGUCAAACCAGAUUUAGAUCAACCAAGAAUUUUCACUUCAUUUCUACAACGAUAUAACAUUAAUAAUUCUUCAUCUAGUACAUCCCAAAAAAAUGAAACAGUUAAUUCGAAAAGUUUAGAACUGAAACGUAAAUCGACCUCAAUGCUAGAUUUUGUUUCAACUAAAGUUAAGAAGACACAUAAUGGUGAAGUAAACACUGAAGAACAAAUUAACACUAAACUAAAUUAUGAUAAUAUUGAAACUGAAUCAUCUCUUACAAUGAAUGAUCAUCACAAAGAGGCUGACCAAGUAAAAAUUGAAAAAGAUAUAAUAAUCAAAGACUGUCUCUCUGAUGAAGAAUUUAGAACAAUUCAUAACAAUGGGAAUAAUAAGGAGGAUAAAGAAAUAGGGGAUAGUAGUAAAGACGUAAUAUAUUUAGAAGCAACAGAUAAAUUACCAAACACUCAAAUUAGAGAUCUAAGUGAAGUUAUCAUAGAAAAAUCUCACACAAUAUCCUGCAAAACAAAAUCAAACUCCUCAAAAGCUAACACCUCUUAUGAUGUGAUGAUUGAGAGACCCAUGAAAAAAUCUAAAAUAGCAACAGAUAAAGAGGAUUUGGGAAAAUAUAACAGAAAAACUGUGACUUUAAAAACAUGUUUAGAACAUGUUAAGGCUUUAGCAGACAUUUACAAUACACAGAAAGUGAAAUAUGCACCAGAAAGAAUAAAAUUCAAAGGUGCAAUUAACCCUGUAUUUAACAAGAAAUGUGAAGAAGAAUUAACUAAAGAAAUAUCAAAAGACUCUUUUCAGAAAAUGACUGUUAUUGGUCAGUUCAAUUUAGGUUUCAUCAUAACAAGGUUAGAUGAUGAUCUAUUCAUUAUUGAUCAGCAUGCAACUGAUGAAAUUUAUAACUUCGAAACUUUACAGAAAACAACAGAACUGACGUCACAGAAGCUUGUUAUUCCCCAGCAACUUGAAUUAACUGGUGUAAAUGAGCAGAUACUAAUGGAUAAUUUGGAGGUCUUCAAGAAAAAUGGAUUUACUUUUGAUAUAAAUGCUGAAGCCCUACCUACAAAGAGGGUGAAACUACUUACCAUACCUAUGUCUAAAAACUGGAUAUUUGGCAAGGAGGACAUUGAAGAACUUUUGUUUAUGUUGAGGGAAUCCCCAUCAGAAUACUGCCGGCCAAGUAGAGUAAGAGCAAUGUUCGCGUCACGCGCCUGUCGAAAGUCUGUUAUGAUCGGGACAGCCCUCAGCAAAUGUGAUAUGAAGAAACUAGUUGAUCAUAUGGGCGAAAUCGACAAACCUUGGAAUUGUCCUCACGGAAGACCCACAAUACGGCACUUGGUGAACCUAGCAAUGGUUCAUACAAAAUCUGAUACCUAAAACCCUUUAAUCUGAAAUCAAAACUAAUCAUGGAAAUAUUACGACUCCAUUUUUAAAUAAAAAGAUUAAAUAUA